GCUGCUGGGAGAUGUAGUUCUGGCGGGUUUACAGGAGCAUGUGGACUGGGGCGAUGAGCGCUGGAAGGGUGACCAGAAGCGGGAGGAAGAUACUGGGAGGGGGAAAGAGCCGGGAGGCUGAGCCCGAGGAGCAGGCGGCAGCCCAGGUUAAGGCCGGGUCCUCAGGAUCAGCAGGCGGUAAGAGACGGAUAGCGGUGGAAUAUGAGGCGGCGGACGGCACGGACAAGAAGCUCAAGUGGGAACCGAAGAACUGGAGGAAACAACUGGAGAACAUCCGGCAGAUGAGGAGCGGCCGCGACGCCCCCGUGGAUCAGAUGGGGGCAGAGAAGUGUUUUGACCAGAAGGCAGAGCCGCAGGUAUCCGACAUAGCAGCGGAGAACAUAUCACUGGUGUCAUAGGAAGACUACAUUUACAAGGUGCAGAAAUGGCACAAGCGCUGUGAUAAGGGCGGCGCGGUUCUUUGACUCACUUCAGCCAUGUCCCUUUCUCUCGACAUCCGUGACAGUCUGCGAUCCAUCCUCGGUUCCGUGAUUUUCAGUCAUCCGUGUGUCACUACUGGGCUGAAAACUAGUUUCCAGAGCAUCUUCCAGCAUUGAUCCGUGAAAACCACAGACCAAACAUGGAUGUGUCACUUGGUUUUCAUGG